UGCAUAGUCUCUUAUGACUGUGCAGCUUAGGGAAUAUAGUGAGCAUGUCACCCACCCCCAGAGCUCAGAAUGUUCCUGACUCGGACUUGUUUUCCUCCCCUCACUGCCAGUACUCACUGUGACUGUCUGACAGGCUGCCUUCUCUUCACACUAGGAAUAUGUAUCUAAGGAAAUUACUGUCGCUCCUCAGCCUCAAAGGAAACCAUGUUGCUUAGCAUAGAUUGGCAUAGUUUUUUGGGGGUUGCUGCAGGUUAGGUGAUCUUGGACACUGAGUGAGUCUAGGCAGUGUUGGGCUGAUGACUACUAGGCAAGCAUUAUCUUUGAGCUGAUUGGAUGCAUGUUGUGGACUCCCAUUGGCCACCGCUGAACUUUGACCUCUCCUGUCUCAACCCAUCCCGAAACACACACCCUACUCUACUCUACUCCCCUAUCCUACCCCACCCCCAUUCCCCUGUGUAUGAGAGUGCUGCACCCUCGUAUGCAGAGAGGAGGUAGUGGGAGGCACCCAGGGGGGGUCGGGGGGUAGAGAAGGGGCGCAGGACUUAGGCCUCAAGAGGUGUUCCUCUCACUCAGACCACCACUCCCCCUCCAAAAUGACCCAGAAUGCCCGAGAGAGCAUGGGCGUCCUGGGCCAGGGUCUGAAGCAGUUGUUCCAGCAGCAACGCAGACGCCUGUCCCUCUCUCGCUUUACCCUAGCCUCCUCCUCUUCCUCCUCUGCAUCCUCCUCUUCCUCAUCCUCUGUGAUCUCAAUGGGUGGCCCCUCUCGCUACCCUCCCGAGGACUACCUCACCCCCCUCCAAGCCCCCUUGGCCUGUCCUGACUCUGACCCCCCCUCUGGUGGUCUCCUUGCCCCCCCAGCUGGUCAGGGUGCCGGCCCUGUGGGCACGAUGAGGCGUGGGACUAUGCUGCAGAGCCAGCACCGUGGGGGGAACGGGACAGGGGCAGGGGGAGGGGGAGUAGACCAGGAUCCCCCUCUGAGAGGCAGCCCCCAGACCCCCCACCGCCACCCUACCUAUGAUGCACAGAAGCAUUCCGAACGCCUGCGCUCCUCCUCCACGACGGACAACACCACACGAAGUAGCCCCUCCCCUGGGUACAAUCCUGGAUAUGCAACGUCAGGCGACGUGGUGCUGUCGUCAGGAUACCAGUCCACGGAGGAGACAGACAAGAUUGAGCGGUUAGAGGUGAGUGGCUUAGCUCAGACCCCCCAGGCAGUGUCGUGUGGGGAGGAUGGGUCUUUCUCUGGGGGUGACGAUGGCACCCCGGACCCCCAGCGCACCAAGCAGGCCAUCGCCCAGCUGCAGCAGAAAAUCCUGAAGCUCACCGAGCAGAUCAAGAUUGAGCAGACGGCCAGAGACAACAACGUGGCCGAGUACCUCAAACUGGCCAACAACGCUGACAAGCAGCAGAGUGCCCGCAUCAAACAGGUGUUUGAGAAGAAGAACCAGAAGUCAGCCCAGACCAUCCAGCAGCUGCAGAGGAAGCUGGAACACUACCACCGCAAGCUGAGGGAGGUGGAGCACAACGGCAUCCCUCGCCAGUCCAAGGACGUCCUCAGGGACAUGCAGCAAGGCCUAAAGGGUGUGGGGGCAAAGGUCACAGGCUUCAGCGAAGGUGUGGUGGACAGCGUCAAGGGAGGCCUCACCAGCUUCUCGCAGGCCACGCACUCUGCUGCCGCCGGGGUCGUCUCCAAGCCCCGAGAGAUCGCCUCGCUGUUCCGCAACAAGUUUGGCAGCGCCGACAACAUCCCCGGGCUGAAGGACUCCUUGGAUGACCCGUCAUGUGUUGAGGAGGGUUUGAUGGGGGCCGGGGGGAGGUCUCUGGGCCUCGCAGGCCACCACCACCUGCAGUCCAGUCCCAAGUACGGUAGCGAGGAUGACUGCUCCAGCGCUACCUCAGGGUCGGCAGGGGCCAACAGCACGACUGGGGCCCCCGGAGGCCCCCCCAGCUCCAGGAGGAACACCCUGGAGAGGAGCCAGAGCUCCAGCCUGGACAUGCUGCUGCAGGAAGUGCAGGAGCUGAGGGAAGGCCAGGGGAGACUAGAGGAGAGUCUGGAGGUACUUAAGAGCCACUAUCAGAGGGACUACACUGUCAUCAUGCAGACCCUACAGGAGGAACGAUUCAGGUGUGAGCGUCUGGAGGAGCAGCUGAAUGAUCUGACAGAGCUUCAUCAGAAUGAGAUCAUAAACCUGAAGCAGGAGCUGGCCAGCAUGGAGGAGAAGAUAGCCUACCAGUCCUACGAGAGAGCCAGAGACUCACAGGAAGCCCUGGAGGCGUGUCAGACACGUAUCUCUAAGAUGGAGUUGCAGCAGCAACAGCAGCAGGUGGUCCAGCUAGAGGGCUUAGAGAAUGCCACAGCCCGGACACUGCUGGGGAAGCUCAUCAACGUCCUCCUGGCCCUCAUGGCCGUGCUCCUGGUGUUUGUCUCCACCAUAGCCAACUGUGUGAUCCCCCUGAUGAAGACCCGCUCUCGGUCCUUCUCCACCCUCCUCCUCAUCCUGCUCUUCGCCUUCAUCUGGAGGAACUGGGACGCGCUGUCGGGCUGCUGCACGCACCGCGCCCUGCAGCCACCCAGAUGACCGCGUGGAGAGGUGUGGUUCUAUGACUACGCAUGGGGGUGGAACUCUGUCCACACACACACAAUAAGCAGGAUCAGCCUAACUGCCAAUGGGAUGUGGUGGUUGUGUUGACGGACGCCGAGGAAUGAGCCUAUCUGUUGAGCUCAGUGAGGUGGGACUGAGGAGAAAGUCAGGGAAGGAGGGAAGAUGAGAAUACCACUCAAUUCAUUUAGGAAGAAUGAGACUUUGUUUACAUUUUUGGAGAUCAGAAAUAGUUUUUUGCAUCCUGAUACUGUUUUAUUUCCUAGGAGUUAAUCAAGUAUAUUAUUGUCGUUAUUAUUAUUUCUAAUAUUAUUAUUUUUAUUUUCAUUUGUUUUUAUUCAGUACCAUGUAGCGUUAAGCUCCUCCCACUCUGCACAAAGAGGAGCUGUCAGGAAACUGAUUGGAAGUUCACCUCAGGCUCAGGCCCUCUGCAGAGAAAUGCUAUUCUGAUUGUCUGCCUUUCAGGAAGAAAGUGCUCUACCUGGCUGUUAUGGGUAGAAUAUAAAAAGAUGAAUGAAUGCCCUCGCACUUUUCCCCACGCGAUGGCUUGAUUCUGAGAUCAGAAGGAACCUUUCUACCGAGGACUUUUUGUUUCCCGGACAAUACUUUGAGUGUCACGCCUAGAGACUCCUCGUGCUUCCGUACAUCCUUUUCAAUUAAGAUAGGUGAUAUCAUGAAUGAUAAUGACUUCUAGAGUGUGGCAACACUUUAGACAAGAGGGAGGGUUUAACAGUUAGGGCCAUUCGCCACAGAGCCACCAGAGACCAAAGGUACAAAUAAGGCCACUUUGCAGGAAAUGUGGAGUUGCCAUGAUACUGCUUUUUACUGGUGCCCACCCAUUGUGUCAGCUGAAGUCCAUGUUGAAAAGGAAUGCUGCUUUUGCCAGACAAAUACAACUGUAUCCACUGCCAUGCUACUGUUGUUCGAUGCGCUGCCUGUAUUACGAAUGUGACUCACUCCAUCACUUACGGUUCUCUCUCUCCCUUUCACUCUCUUUUUAUCCCCAUGUUUCCUCCAAUAUUCAUUCUGUCCUAUGUGCCAAAACUCUCCCGUUGCACCUGGUUAAUAAAUAGGGAGGUUUUUAUGUUCUUUCUUUCUUUGGUAUGUAAAGGGAAAAGACCCAGCGCAGGUCAUAUAGCCUUGUGGGGAUGAGAGGCAAAAUGUCAAUUACACCCUAUUCCCUUUAUAGUGCACCACUUUCACUGUGUAUAAUAGAGAAUAAUGUGCCAUUUGUGAUACAAAACAUACAGUUCUCUUCGAUGAUCAGCCAAUUGUACAUACGGCCUACUUGUAUGUCUCACCUUGGAUUUGAGGUGUAUGACAAAUAAUAUUAGCCUGGUUCCCAGAUCUGUUUGUGCUUUAUUAGCCAACUCCUCUGAUUCAUGGUCAUGACAUUGCAGAAGAAUUGACUAAACAAAGCACACACUGAUAUGGAACCAGGCUAACAGAAUAUACCUUAACAAGGCCACUUCUGAGUAAUUGCUCUGAGAAACUCACUGCUAAUGAUCUGAUGUGUGUUUCCUAAUCCGGGUCCUUGAUUACUGUUGAAUAUGCUGGCUCUCAAUCCAUUUUAUCCUCCCAUUCAUUUGUUCAAGGUCCUUCAGUUCAAGGUCCUUCGACCUAACUGACAUGAAUGAGUCCAUCUGAAGUCCAGUCUGCAGCUCCAUUAGGAGCUUGUUUGAAGAUAAUAACUGAUAUUGGGAAUUGCGUUCUGGGACAAGGAUGGAGGAACACUACAUUUCUUCCUAUACAUAGCCCUCUCUGGCGGCUUAGGCCUAUGUUCAGGAUCAUUGAAACAUAUUUAAACCAGAAACUGCACUGAAUUUGUGUCUUGAUCUUGUGUCUUGAUCUUGAACGUGCCACAGGUGAAUGGCUCCUGAGUUUACUUCUGACUUUGGUGUGACCUUGCCGUGUCCUCUCUGGUGUUUGGUAGGGUAGGGUUGUGUGCUAAACCACUCGAGUGCCUUCUGAUGUCCUUUUCUAAGUGUGGGACAAUAAAAGUGCAUUCCUGAUUAACUCCUG